GACCUCCAUUAUUGUCAUUACACAAUUUCUUCAUCUUUUUCCGUAACCCACCACCUAAUAUUAAUCAUCUAGGGUUCCUCUAACCACCAAAAAAAGGAAGAAGAAAAAAAAAUUCUAGGGUUUGGCGUCAACUUCCAAGUUGUCCCUAGAGAAUGGAGAAACCUGGUGGCGUCUGGAUCCCAAAGAAAAGCAACAAAGAAUCAUCAUGGGAAGAGCUGGCCUUCGCGGAAGACGAUGCCGCCGGAUCUUUGUGGCCGCCGAGAUCUUACUCGUGUAGCUUUUGCCGGAGAGAGUUUAAAUCGGCUCAAGCCCUCGGUGGCCACAUGAACGUUCACCGAAGAGACAGAGCACGGCUUAAGCAAUCCGACGAUCAGUACUUAUUGUCCAAAUCUUCUUCCCCACCGGAGUAUCCAUCUCAUAAUUAUAGCGACGAUGUUCGUGAAACCUCUAGCUAUACUUUGGUUUUUAACUCCAAUCCUAAUCGUUUUGAGUCUCAACGCUCCUGUGUUAUUGAUCUUUCAUCUUCUCCUUCUUCUUUACCAUAUUUGACUCCUAGGGUUUCUUCCUCUUCGCCAUCUUUUGUUGUAGAACCUUCCAAUAAUUCUAAAAAGAUUAUAUCUUCUUCCCCAUGGUCGUCCCCGGGUAAAAAGGGUUGUGAUCUUUAUGAAUUUCCUUUCAUGGAAGGAAACAAGAAGAGAAAGAUCGACAGAGAUGUACCAAAGAACGGGGAUAAAGCAAAAGUUAAUCUUGAAAACACCACUGAUCUGUCAGUGAGAAUGAAUCUGGUGAUCCACAAGGAUUGUCCGAUUACUGCUCAAGGGGGGGAUGAAGAGACUGGGAAGGGUGAUAUGAUCCAUAAGAAAAGACGAAUGCGUGAGGGUUCAUCGCAGCCGUCGAUAUUCAUUUCAAGUUUAUCUUGUAAGAGUGCCAUAAUUACAAGAAACGAGGAGAUCAAACAUAAGGGUGGUCACUUUGAGGAUUUAGAUCUUGAGCUUAGGCUAGGAGGCGAUCCCCGAAAGGCAAACUGAUUGAUGGAUCAUCCGUGUAUAUCUACCAAAACGCAAGGGGUAAAGAAAACCAUAAUAUAUAUAUUUAUAAUACAAAAUUUUAUAUGGAUGUAUGUGUUACUUUGUGUUAUCUUUCCUUGGAUUUGUGGUGUCAAAAUAUAUGGCUAUAUACAUAUUGUGGAGGCUUUGUUUCUACUAUUUUGAGAAUUGUAUGAAAAUAACAAUUUACAGUUGUGAAAUUUUUAAGGAAGUGUU